CCCGGGGUGAGCGGAGGAUCGGGAGGAAUCGGGUUACAUACCGUCCCUUCUUUAAGCCUCAGACAGAGCGCCGUUAGCCGCAGGACAACAGCAGAGUAGAGGGUACUGAGAUCCGGGAAGUAAAGGCUCCACACUCAUGCUUGAGAAAGGGAAAAGAUUGACGUUGCUGUUAACGGCAAGAAAUCACACUCACCUGGAUUUGCAAUAAUGAUCGAAACAAUGGACACUCAGCGUGCCUUGCAGGCGGUGGAGCGUCUCCAGGCCCGGCUGAAGGAGCGGGGGGAGGUGCCCACAGAGGAGAAGCUCAGCCUGCUCAAGUCUGUGCUCCAGAGCCCCCUCUUCCACCAGAUCCUCGCCCUGCAGAAGUCAGUGCAGCACCUCAGAGACCAGGAGAGUGUCCCAGGGUUACGUGAGACGGACCUCGGCGAUCAUGUCGCAGCAGUCAAGCCCAACGGCGGCCAUGUUUCCUACUCAGACAUUUCAGGUUCUACUCUCAUCAACGGCAAGACAUCAUCUGAGGAGGAAUUUGAACAUCUUGUUCACUCCAUGGCGCAGGGGCGCUACCUGACACAUGUGGAUCUGCAGAAGCCAGAGUCAGGGGGUCUGGGAUUCAGCGUGGUGGGACUGAAGAGUGAGAACCGCGGAGAGCUCGGCAUAUUCAUCCAGGAAAUACAAGCAGGAAGUGUGGCCGACUGCGAUGGGAAGCUGAGGGAAGCGGAUCAGAUCCUAGCCAUCAACGGGCAGAUCCUGGACCAGACAGUGAGCCACCAGCAGGCCAUCGGCCUCCUGCAGAGCGCCUCAGAGAGGGUGCAGCUCACCGUGGCCCGAGGACCCAUCCCCCAGCUCACCAGCCCCGUAGUGUCACGCACACCCUCUGCAGCCAGCACCCUCUCAGCCAACUCCAGCGCGUGGCAGCACGUUGAAACGAUCGAGCUGGUGAACGAUGGCACCGGCCUCGGCUUCGGUAUUGUGGGAGGAAAGACCACGGGAGUCAUUGUGAAGACCAUCCUUCCUGGAGGCAUCGCUGAUCAGGAUGGCCGGCUGCGCAGCGGGGACCACAUCCUGCGUAUCGGGGAGACUGACCUGCUAGGGAUGGGCAGCGAGCAGGUGGCUCAGGUCCUCCGGCUGUGUGGGAACCGGGUGAAGCUGGUGGUGACCCGGGGGCCCGUGGAGGAGGGCCACUCUGUCGCUGCUGUCAUGCCUGUGGUGCUGCCCACCGUCAACGAACAGGGCUACGAGGAGGAGGAGGAGGAGGAGGAACAGGAACAGGCGGAGGAUGAAGCGUUUGAUGUGAGCCUGACGAAAAACGCACAGGGUCUGGGCAUCACUAUCGCCGGCUAUGUUGGAGAUAAGAACUCAGAGCCCUCUGGCAUUUUUGUGAAGAGCAUAACAAAAGACAGCGCUGUAGAUCAAGAUGGCCGCGUCCAUGUUGGAGACCAGAUAAUAGCUGUGGACAGCGUGGACAUUCAGGGCUUCACCAACCAGCAGGCGGUGGAGGUGCUGCGCCACACGGGCCAGACGGUGCACCUCAAGCUGAUCCGGAGGGGUUUCAGGCCCGACGAUGUCCCCCCUGCUGUGGCCCCCAGCAUCGGCGCUUUGCCCCCCAACACCACCAUCCCCACUACCACCAUUGUGCUGGAGGAGCUGGAGAUGGAGAGGAGGAAGGCGGAGGAGGCUGCGGCACAAGUCGCCGCAGAUGAAAAGCCGCCACAGACAAAGAGCGAAGUAUCUGAUGUCGGCUCGACCUCGGAUCAGCUGACAGACGACACACAUGGGAUGAAGCUAACAGCCUCUGAAGAAGAGGAACUGCUGAAGAAAUGGCUCGAGAUUCUGGGUCCAAGUAAUGAAGUUGUAGUGGCUCAGGUGGAGAAGUUCAGUGCGAGCAGUGGGCUGGGUAUCAGUCUGGAGGCAAGCAGCGGACAUCACUACAUCCGCUCCGUCCUUCCUGAGGGACCUGUGGGCCGCUGCGGGAAGCUCUUCAGCGGAGAUGAACUGCUUGAGGUCAAUGGCUUGUCUCUGAUUGGUGAAACCCACAAGGAAGUGGUGAGGAUCCUGAAGGAGCUACCUCUAUGCGUCUACAUGACCUGCUGCAGACCCGCCCCCCACCUGCAGACCGACAUGCACGCUGUCCAACCAGAAGCAGAGACUCUGUCUACAGCGUCUGCACUAAAGAAACAAAUAGAACUGAGCAUCACGCGGGCGGCUGCAGACUCAGAGGUGAAGGCAGCAGCAGCGACGGAGGAAAAUGUGACGGAGGAGGUCGUAGCCUCUCCUCUGGCCAUGUGGGAGCUGGGGAUCCAGAACAUCGACCUGGAGAAGGGAGAAGGCGGAUUGGGAUUCAGCAUCCUGGACUAUCAGGACCCGCUGGACCCGGCCAAGACGGUGAUAGUGAUCCGCUCUCUGGUUCCCGGCGGCGUGGCGGAGCAUGACGGCCGGCUGCUGCCAGGAGAUAGACUCAUGUACGUGAACAGCACUGAGCUGGAGAACGGCAGUCUGGAGGACGCAGUGCAGGCGCUGAAGGGGGCCAAUCUGGGCACGGUGCAGAUAGGAGUGUCCAAACCGCUGCCUGGAAUAUGUGGAUAUUCCCACUCUCCACACCCCUAUGGUGAGCAGGAAAUAACUCCAUCAUCCACCAUCCAUUCAUUUGACUUCAACAAUAUUUUGGUUGAAGAAGGAGAGGAAGAAGGACUGGCUGAGGGCAUCGUUUACCGAGCAGAGCCGGCAUUGAUCGACACCAGCGAGGCGGAGCUGUCUGAUGAGAAGCUGUUAGAUCGUUCUUACUCUGUGAUAGACGACGACUCUUUCCAGGCGUCCAUGAUGGCUCUGCACGGCAGCAGCUGCAGUGCCGACCUGGACUACCUGCAUGCAUCUACACCCAAGCUGACGGCUCGUCUGGACCUGUUGGAGGAGCGCCAUGGCUUUGAGACGCUGCCCGGCCUCGAAGACGAUUCUCCAGCUUUCUCCCCGCAGAAGUCUGCCUCUUUCUCUCCUCCGAGACUCAGAGGCCACAUCUCGACUUUUAACUCCAUACUGAGCCCUUCUGAUCACUUCCUUGCCCCGCAUUUUGACAAAGAGGAAACAGAGCUGUGUUUAAGCUCUGAAGCAGGGGCCCGACCAUUAGACCAACCUGCAGAGACACACGUGUCUUUUGAAGAUAUUAUAGAAAUAAAUGUGAUAAAGGAUGAAGAUGCUGCUGUGAGAGCGGAGGACGCUGACGAGGAAGCGCUGACCUCGGGGAGCAGCUUUGAAAGGACGAUCACAGUCGUGAAGGGCAACUCCAGCCUGGGGAUGACGGUGAGCGCGAUGAAGGCCAGUCUGGGGAUGCUGAUCCGCAGCAUCAUCCACGGCGGCUCCAUCAGUCGGGACGGACGUCUGGGCGUCGGGGAUCUGAUCCUGGCCAUCAACGGAGAGCCCACCGCUAACCUGACCAACGCUCAGGCCCGAGCCAUGCUGCGACGACACUCACUCAUCGGACCCGACCUUGGAUCUGCUUGUGCACCUGAGGACGACCUGUGCCCGUUUUAUGUAAUCACAUAUGUACCUGCAGAGUAUCUAGAGGAGUACAAGGCCAGCCUGGAGCAAACUACAGAGGAAGUCUCCGAUGAAAUCCAUGCAGUCCCAGCUCCAGAUCAAAAAGAUAUUCCUAACCUCCCUGAGCGGGAAGAUGGAGAGGGAGAGGAGAGUGCCUCUUACAACAAUUGGAACCAACCCAGGAAAGUGGAGCUCUUCCGGGCGCCAGGCAAGUCUCUGGGUAUCAGUAUUGUCGGGGGCCGGGGGAUGGGCAGUCGGCUGAGCAAUGGAGAGGUGAUGAGGGGCAUCUUCAUCAAACACAUCCUGGAGGACAGUCCGGCGGGACAGAACGGGACCCUGAAGACUGGAGACAGGAUUGUAGAGGUGGAUGGAGUAGAUCUAAGAGAUGCCAGUCAUGAGGAGGCAGUGGAGGCCAUCCGCAGGGGAGGAAACCCUGUCAUUUUCUUGGUGCAGAGUAUUAUCCACAGGCCCAGGAGGCCGCUGCUGCCCUGUCUGCAGCUCAGUAGCCACCGUGGGUCGAGCCCUCGCUGCACUAACCAAACCUGCUUAGCCCCUGCCCUCCCUCAGUCUUCGGGAGCAGACUCAGAAGAGGACAGGGCUGCAGCUGUGACGAGAGACAACAAGGACAAGGAGGCUUACAGUCACAGUAGACUUUUCCUCCGCCUCUCCCCAACUAACCCUUUCACUCCUACCCCGUUUAAGUCUGUGAAGCGUGAAGCGAUGAAGGUACCUCCCACCAGCUCCGUCCUCCCCCUGCCGGUGAUGCCCCAUGUGGGGGAGUCUGACACCGACACACUGACGGAGAGUCCUGGAGGACCUGAAGAGAAGGAAGAGAAGGAAGAGAAGGAAGAGGAGCCCAGGGUGGAGCAGCAGGAGGAGAAAGAAGAAGAGGAUGAGUUUGGAUACAACUGGAAGAACAUCACCCAGCGUUACGGCGACCUCCCGGGCGUCCUGCACAUGAUGGAGCUGGAGAAGGGGAGGACGGGUCUUGGUCUCAGCCUGGCAGGGAACAGGGACCGCUCCCGCAUGAGUGUAUUCGUGGUGGGCAUCGACCCCAACGGGGCGGCGGGCAGGGAUGGACGCAUGGUGGUGGGGGACGAGCUGCUGGAGAUCAACGGGCAGGUCCUCUACGGACACAGUCACCAAAACGCCUCCUCCAUCAUCAAGAGCGCUCCAUCCAGAGUCAAAAUCAUCUUUGUCAGGAACACGGAGGCACUGCAGCAGAUGGCUGUGGGACCGGUGAGAGAGCAGGAAGGAGGAGACACCGAGGAGGGAGACACUGAAGACCCCCAAACUGAGCCAGGAACUGCUGCUGCUAACGGAGACACUUCCAAAUAUAUUCAUCACGCCAUAAAGCUGAAGGACGACGGAGGACUGGGCAUCACCUUCUUGGAAGGAAACACAGAGAACGGCGUGGAGAUUCAGAGUAUCUCUGAAGUGAGAGGACACACAGGAAAGGAGGGCUGCAUCAGACCAGGGGACAAACUCCUAGGUGUGAACGGGGAAUCAGUGCUGGGCUACACUGUGGAACAGGUCAACUCUCUCCUAAGGACAUCCAAAGGUCCAGUGAAGCUCACCUUCUCGUCUCUCCAGUCCACAGGUGAGGAUGGGGAUUGCUCCGAUGGCGUCCACGCAGGCUUUCCCAGCAUGCAUAGCAUUGCAGCAACAACUCUGAGUCAACCGGAGGCAGAGGCAGUGACGAGUCCGAGCCGCUCCUCCACCCCCACCACGCUGACCUGUGACCCCGCGACGUGUCCCAUCAUCCCCGGCUGCGAGACGACCAUCGACAUCUCCAAGGGACGCACCGGCCUCGGCCUCAGCAUCGUGGGGGGCUGCGACACCCUGCUGGGGGCCAUCAUUAUCCAUGAAGUGUAUGAAGAGGGGGCAGCCUCUAAAGACGGCAGACUCUGGGCAGGAGACCAAAUCCUGGAGGUGAACGGCAUCGACCUGCGAGCAGCGAGUCACGAUGAGGCGAUCAACGUCCUGCGGCAGACCCCUCAGAGAGUCCGGCUGGUGGUCUUCAGGGACGAAGCGCAGUACAAGGAGGAGGACCUGUGGGACUCCUUCAGCGUGGAGCUGCACAAGCAGCCGGGACAGGGCCUGGGCCUGAGCAUCGUGGGGAGGAGAUCACGGGAGGAGAGGAACGACACCGGAGUGUUUGUGUCUGACAUUGUGAAGGGAGGGCUGGUGGACACUGACGGCCGGCUGAUGCAGGGCGAUCAGAUCCUGUCCGUCAACGGGGAGGAUGUGAGGACGAGCACGCAGGAGGCCAUGGCUGCACUGCUCAAGUGCUGCGUGGGGCCCAUCAACAUGGAGGUGGGGAGGUUUAAAGCCGGGCCCUUCCACUCUGAAAGAAGACUUUCUCAGAGCAGUCAGAUGAGUGAGACCGGCAGCACCAGGUUGGUCUCUCAGGCAGACAAUGUGAACCCCCCUGCUGACCCCGACAAACCAAACAUGUGUCUGGACACUCAAGAGCAUCAGGAGACCAGGACAGUGGAGUUCACUAAGGAGCCCCAUGACUCUCUGGGGGUCAGUAUAGCGGGGGGCGUGGGCAGCCCUCUGGGGGAUAUCCCCAUCUUCAUCGCCAUGAUGAACCCUGUGGGCCUGGCUGCUCAGACUCAGAAGCUCAAAAUUGGGGACCGCAUCGUCAGCAUCUGUGGGACCUCUGCUGAAGGCAUGACCCACGCUCAGGCUGUCAGUCUGCUGAAGAACGCCACAGGCACAAUCCAGCUGCAGGUGGUAGCGGGCGGGGACACCUCUGUUACGGGUCCGCCUCCAGAGCCGGUGGCUGCACCUCUCACGCCAAGCUGCAUCUUCCAGGACGACCUCGGCCCCCCUCAGUAUAAAAGCAUCAAUCUGGAGAGAGGACCUGAUGGCCUGGGCUUCAGUAUAGUGGGGGGGUACGGCAGCCCCCAUGGAGACCUGCCCAUCUACGUUAAAACUGUGUUUGGAAAGGGGGCAGCGGCGGAGGACGGCCGACUGAAGCGGGGGGAUCAGAUAAUGGCAGUUAAUGGGCAGACUCUGGAGGGCGUCACUCAUGAAGAAGCCGUGGGCAUCCUGAAGAGGACCAAAGGAACCGUCACACUUACUGUCCUCUCAUAAUACACACUCACAUGAAUUGAUUAGUGAGAUGUGUGUCCAGAAGGAGAAAAUAUGCACAUUGAUUUAUUUCCUGUUAUUCAUGAAGGAGCUUAUUGUCAUUAUUGAAUGUAGCUUUAAACACUGUGAUCCAAGUAAGCCUACAGCACGUAGAUUUAAAAAAAGCUUUUAUCCCUGAACCAGUCAUACGCAGUAGUAUGGCAAAUUAAAUUUUCAUAAAUAGUUGUUAUUUUAACCUCAAAGGUUGUUAAUAGUCUAAGGAACAACUCUGUUACAUUCCUUGGCUCUGGCUUGAAGUAUUUUCCUGUAUUAAAAUGAAUUGUUUUAUCAAUAUUAGGUAUUUCUACAGAAAAGAAGCCUGUUUUCAAAGUUUUUCACAGUCUGGUGUCUAUUUAUACAACAAUCAGAGCAUGAAACAGCAUGAAACCCCCCCGAGGUGAUUAGCAGAUUAGCUAAAUGUAGCUAAUUUCUGUAUUAGCUGUUAGCAGCAAUUCAUCGUGUUGAUUUUCCUGAAAGGCUGAUGCUGCUGUAGCUGUUACUAAAUCAACAUAUCAUAAAGUCAUAAAUACAUAGCCUAAAAUCACUGUUGUUCUAGCAAAAGUGGCAAAAAUGUAAUGCUGAUGGCUAAAAUCUGUAAAAGCAGAAAAAAAGAUGUGAAGUCCUUAAAACUAAGAAGUGUGUCGUUGGAGUGCACACUUGACUAAGGAAUUGUUUGUGUGUGUUUGUGUGUCCUACUCACUGAAAUAUAUUGCUGCUAAAGCCGAUAUAUAAAAAAGGCAUUAUGUCAGUAUUUCAGAUUUGUUUUAGUAUUAAGUGUACAGGAACACAAAGUCAGAGGGUUUGAUUUACUGAAAACAAGUCAUGCAGCGUGUAGCUCCCUAAGGCUUUAAGCAUGUGAUGUGUGCUGUAGUAUCUGUUUUAUCACCAUAAAUAUGCAUUUCUAGCACUGUCAAUGGGACAGUAUUGAAUUUAUUCACACUGAAUUAAAUAAAAGUGACCUUUGGAAUCAA